AUGAAUGGCGGUGAUAAGAUGCUUUUCGCUGAGCAAGCUGCGCGUUCGGAUCCAUCCGAGGUAACAAAGAAACUUGGCACUUCAGCUGAACGAGGUCUCUCUUCCGUUCAAGUUACCGAAAAACGGCGUCUAUAUGGAAGCAAUGAGCUCAAACCGCCCCAACCACCGCCUAUUUGGAAAAGAUAUUUGAGCCAGUUCAAGGAUCCGCUCAUCGGAUUGCUUGUUGGCUCGGCCCUUGUCUCGGUCCUGACAGGCCAAUUUGAUGAUGCAAUUUCAAUCUUCAUCGCACUCGUUAUCGUCGUCAGUGUUGGCUUCAUUCAGGAAUACCGAUCAGAGCAGGCCCUUGAAAAAUUAACAAAAUUAGUUCCCCCAAAAGCGCGUGUUGUGCGCGAUGGGCGCGAGGUCGACAUGCUCGCUUCUGAACUCGUUUCUGGCGAUUUAGUCAUUCUCAAAACUGGAGAUCGCGUUCCUGCCGACAUAAGAAUCAUCAGCCAAAAUGGUUUUCUCGUUGACGAGAGCUCAAUGACUGGUGAGCCAGAGCCACAAGCGAAAACCAUUGAGUCGAUCGUUGUUGUUGGGACUUCUCAAACUUACAGCAAUAUGGCCUACAUGGGAUGUCUUGUCUUAUCAGGCAAUUGUCGAGGUAUCGUCACUGCGAUAGGAGAAAGCUCGCAGUUCGGUGAAAUGGUCAAGCUCCUCUCUCAAGAAGAACCCCCGAGGACUCCACUUCAAGUUUCUAUGGACAAACUAGGCCAACAACUGUCCUUUGUUUCCUUCGGCGUCAUCGGAGUCAUCUUCUUGAUAGGCAUGAUCCAGGGCAAGGGUGUUUUGGAAAUGUUCACGAUGGGCGUCUCCUUGGCUGUCGCCGCUAUUCCAGAAGGUCUCCCAAUUGUCGUUACAGUAACACUCGCUCUUGGUGUAUUGCGAAUGGCCUCUCACAAUGCUGUAGUGCGUCGUCUUCCAGCAGUGGAAACGCUUGGUAGCGUCGAUGUUCUUUGUUCGGACAAAACUGGAACAUUGACGAAAGGCGAAAUGGCCGUGACUGAAGCUUUACUCUCCGAUGGCUCAAGAGCGAGCAUCGGGCAGUUGGUCAUGCUCCAUGGUGAAGUUCAGCACGGACGAUCACAUCCACUCAUGGAAGCAUUGACGACAGCAUGCGUAGUGUGCAACAACGUCCAGCCGACGUAUGGUAAAAAAAGAGGCCUUGGCAAUCCAACAGAAGCAGCGUUGAUGGGCUUCGCUCAGAAACUAGGACUCGAAGAUCUGCGGAAUGACUGGCAACGUGUCAAAGAAAUCCCAUUCACUUCAGAUUCUAAAACGAUGGCGGUACAGGCUGUCUACAACAGAGAUCCCGAUCGCAAGCCAUUGUGGUUCGUAAAAGGUGCACCAGAGAUCAUCCUCGAAAAAUGUUUUCUCUUCCAAACACGGGAUGGGCGACAAAAUCUAACUACGAAAACAAGGAUAUCACUAAAUGAUCACGCGACGUAUAUGAUGAAUCAGGGUCUUCGUGUUCUAGCAAUUGCCAAGGGAGAGAAAACGCCCGACGAGUUAAUAUUCCUUGGUCUAGUCGGGAUUUCUGAUCCACCGCGACCGUCCGCCUCGAAAGCAGUCGCCGAGCUCCGUGAAAGAGGUGUCGAACUCAAAAUGAUCACUGGAGAUGCCCGUGAGACGGCUCUUGCUAUCGCUGCCAAGCUUGGAAUAGGCCGGGAUUUCGCAGUAUCAGGAGAAGAAGUCAGCAAUCUGGAUGCAACCGAACUGACCCGAUUAGCGAACAAAGCAAAUGUGUUCUAUCGCACAUCGCCUCAGCACAAACUUAAAAUUGUCAAAGCGCUUCAACUCUGUGGAAGAACAGUUGGAAUGAUAGGAGAUGGGGUAAACGAUGCGGUAGCCGUGAAAAAGGCCGACAUUGGCAUAUCAAUGGGAGUUAAUGGAACUGACGUUUGCCGAGAAGCCGCGGAUAUGGUUCUUUUAGAUGAUAACUUGCAAACGAUCGUUCCAGCGAUUGAAGAGGGAAAAUCAAUUUUCUACAAUAUCCGCAACUUCGUUACUUUUCAGCUUUCUACCUCAAUCGCUGCGCUGAGUCUCAUCGCUAUCUCGACAAUACUAGGCCUGCCAUCGCCACUAAACGCCAUGCAGGUGCUAUGGAUUAAUAUACUUAUGGACGGACCUCCAGCACAGAGUCUCGGGCUGGAGCCCAGCGAUCCCGACCUUACCAAGGGCAAGCCAAGGCCAAGAGGGCAAAAACUAUUGAACAAGAGCAUCAUCAAAAGGAUACUUAUCAAUGCUACUUUGAUUCUUUGCGGGACACUUUGGGUCCUGACCAGAGAAUAUCUAGACGAUGGGCGGCUUUCUGAUCACGAGAGAACAAUGACCUUUACCUGCUUCGUUUUCUUCGACAUGAUGAAUGCACUUGCCUGUCGAUCCCAGACGAAAUCAAUUCGUCAUCUUCCUCCGAAUAAACCGCUUUUCAUUGCCGUCUCUUUGUCCAUCGUCGCUCAGUUACUCGUUGUCUAUUGGGCGCCACUGCAGUCCGUGUUCCAAACACAAUCACUGUCUCUCAAGGACAUGAUGACGAUAGUCGUUAUUUCUUCAUCGGUGCUAGUGACUUCCGAGUGGAUGAAGUACAAGAGCCGUACUCAACGGAAACCUGCCGGAUCGCCUGUGCUGCGUGAAGUCAUCUGA